AGCGACAAGAUAUACACAGUUAUCAAGACUAGUCCGAUGUGGCGUGACGUCACGAAGACACGUGAGGCGGUGUUCAAAGUGAACCAAAAGGCUCAUCUGAUCUCCCUCAUCACUAUGGUGGGACCUAGCCCUGACUGGUGUAUAGGUAUACCGUCUCUGUCGGUGUGUCAGACCAACUGCACGUGGGCAGAUCAGAUGACUGUGGACCUGUACCCCUGGGAUGCCGGCACCGACGACGGCAUCAAGUAUAUAAACCCUCGAAAAAUUCCCUCCAACCCUCGUGAGCGCAUCCACCAGAUAACCAACCUGUACCCGAAGCACCCCGACUCUCCCUUCUACGGCCCCACCCCCGUGAAACCCAUGGCGACGGUGACCUUGACCAAGCUCCAGGAGAACUGCGCUGGUGAGGAUGGGUCGCAUAGCAGCGAGGACAUACCCAGCACCGAGGACCUCAUAGACGCGAUGAAGAAGAAGAUGAUGAUGACUAAGAAACUAGAGAUGAUGAAGUGUUCCACGACGGACUGGUCCGAAUGGACGGUCUGCAGCAACAGCUGCGGCUCCGGGAUUCGACGGCGCACCCGCGAGCUCGUCAACGAGAACAUCCUGCCGUCCAUGUGCAGCGUGGAUCUAGCGGAAGAAGAGGCGUGCCAGGGCGUCUGCGUAGAAAAUCAGCCGCAGAAAAAGGGCCGCGAGAAGCUGAAUAAGAAUUUUGAAGUCCGCCAUACGGACACAAUCGAUUUCGAGGAUCCUUGCGCGAUCACGCCGUGGUCUGAUUGGUCGCCUUGCAGCGCGAAGCUUUGUGGGCGGGGCGUCCGGGAACGAUGGCGCAUGUUUCUACGCAAGUCCGCGCAGAUGAUGAAUUGUGGAUACGAGAUCAUGGAGCAAGACGUCUGCUACGGCAUCGUCCAUGACUGCCGGAAAGCGUUCAUGAUGAAGAACUUCACUGCCAUCUGCUCCCUCCCGAUGAACGUCGGUCCCUGUCGGGGAAACUUCCAGCGCUGGUACUAUGACACCAACAUGCGAAAGUGCCAGCCCUUCCGGUAUGGCGGUUGCCGGGGAAACGACAACAAGUUCGAAACCGAGGCCGAGUGUCAAGAACAGUGCGCCAAAUAUAUGGAUAACCUCGAUGCAACGGUAAACUCGCACAACAGAGCCGAGCUCAUAGCAGCUUCUCAGGAUGAUUUAAUGCGUCUGCAGAAGCAGAAGAUGAUGGGUGCGAACGGAACCGGAACUCCUCUGCGUGAUGCAAACGUCUCCAUGAAAAAGAAACCAUCGAAGAAAGAGCGGCAGAUGGAGAAAGAGAAGCGGAGGGAACGUAAGCGUCUCAUGAAGGAAAAGAAUAGAAACAUGAAGAAUCGAAAGGAAAAUAUGGGCACAGGCGAUUUAAACGCCACAGACGGAAGUGGUCAGCAGGUGGACUGCAUGGUCACUCAGUGGACGGAGUGGGACCAGUGUACGGCCACAUGCGGUAAGCAGUACAUCACUCGGUCACGUAUGAUUAAGCAGCAACCGGAAAAUGGCGGAAAAAAGUGUCCGAAGAAACUCAGCCGCAGACGGAAGUGCAGAGGGCUGAAAAAGUGUCCACGAGACUGCAAGGUGAGCGGAUGGGGCGACUGGGGCGCCUGUUCUGCCACGUGUGGUCCGGAAGCGGUCAAGGAACGCUCCCGGAAGGUGAUCAUGAGUCCUAAAUUCGACGGCAUGGAUUGUCCGAGUCUAGUUGAACGGCAGUCGUGCCAACUCGCGCCAUGUUCGGACUCAAAGGUGAUGAAAGCGUUCAUGGAAAAAAUGCAGAGACAUCCUUCAUCAUAGACCGCAAAACACAACGUAUUUAGCCAUUCUUGUUAGCUUUAACUUGACAACAUUAUCAGACAAGUCUUGUGUUCAAUGUGUACUUGCUUAAAGCAGGUUGCUCUGAGGGAUGUGUAAAAUAGACAUAGAACUCUGCGGAGAAAGUGCUAUGCCGUUCGCCUUUACUUUUCAGGGAUUCCUUGAUUUCGUAACCGAAGUGCGAACUUUCAAAUGUUAAACUUUGACACAAAUAACUAUGAAAACGUUGAUCAUUAUUAAUGCAAGAGAAUUUGGCUCAGGCACUAGUGGUGAUGACAUUAAUGACGACAGCGAUGGAAACAUGCAAAAUAUUUAGACGACAACGUUAGAGUCAGUCGUUAACGAGGGUCAUGUCACGUGACUGAUAAUGAAGUCGUCAUUUCCGCUCUUUCAAGUGAAUUGAGUUGUGCCUUUCUAUUGACAUGGAUUAUUACGAGGAGGUACCGUAUAUUUUAGGUCGUUGUCCUUACAAGAAGUUUCGGGUUUAUGUAUAGCAGUGUUAUAUGAUAUUUAUUGUUAUUUGUUGUUAUUUUUACAUAUCUUAUGCGUUUCGUUUUAGCGCCAGUGAUUGUUUUUCGUUUCAUGUUUUCAUAUAUUUCAUAAUAUAUUGCAUGCAAAUACAUGUAAAUAAAUUGAAGUUGGCCAAAUGUAAAACUAGCUCGCUAUCUUUAAUUUUGUUCAACAUUUACUACUGAGCAAUUUAAUACCUGUAUGACUCGAUUGUUAUAAACUAAUUAAGAGAUAAGACACAGUUCUGUUCAAAUUCCAGAGUGAAACAUGAUAAUAUUUUCAAAUAAUCACGACAAAAUCGAUUGUCAUAUUCCAUUUCGCUUAUUGGCUAAACGAAGUUGUUUUCUUGUAAAUACUGUAAAACUUGUCAUUGUUGUGACUUGUUUCGCGUCAUGCGGAAAUGGGCCUUUUAAGUUUGAGAUAUCUCAGAUAUAUUAAUUAAAACAUCAUUGGUUGUUCUUUUUCGAAGUUUUGUUUUACAGUUUUCAAACGUGAUGUAGUUCUCGAUAAUUAUAUUCUUCUAGAUGCAUUUUCAUUUUACGGCGUGCCUUUGUAUGGAUAAUCCAGGUAGAAUUAAAUAAACAACAACACACGAUACGAUACUUUUUGUUGAAAUUAAUUAGUUUCUUUAGUCAUAUGUAAAUAUGAUUGACUCAUUCACAUGAUUUCAUUAAUAUAUCCUCAUACGGAUCGAGCGUUUUGCAUGGGUCUAACAUUUAAUACAGUAUAUGAAAGUGGUCAUGUAUUGGUUGAUACCAAUGUUUUUAUUUAGCAAAAUUUUAACCACAAAGACAAAGAAGACAAACUUAUCAGUUUCACAGUGGUUAAUGUUUUUCAUAUGUGCAUGGACCUUUCAAAGAUAUUGAAAAGUUGUCUAAGAAAGUCUGACAAUUAAACCACUAGGAAAACGUAUUUUCAGUUGCUAAGCAGGGAAAGAAUAAUGUUAAGCAUUGUUUUAUUACAUUCUAUAAUGGUGAAAAUAAAAGUAAUGAUGUCAAUAAAUUUCAUACACACAGCUAUCGAAACUUAUCCAAAAAAGUCAUCUUGAUGGAUUGAAUAUAUUGACCAAAACCUCUGUGCACAACGUUUGUUGUCAAAUUGACUAUGAAACCAUGCAACCGAUAAACUCCGAAAAAAAGGACUUACACAAACACCUUUAUACGAAAACUUACUUUUACUAUAAAACAUUAUACUUUUAUAUACUGUGUUACAAACAUUCUACUUGGCCUAGAUGUCUUGGAAUCCUGUUAAAUUAAACCAAUCGGAUGGGACCUCUAACUUAUUUUACUUGACUCGCAUAAGAUCACCCUAGUCGUUAUGUCAAUUGCAUGUAUGUAAUGUGAAAAAGUAUGUAUCAUUUGUUUGUUAAAAAUAUAUUAUUUUUUCACUUUUAAAAAGAAUUAAGAAGGUAUGGCUAUUGGUAUUUUUGUAAAUAGAACACUUACUUUAAUGUUUUUUCGCGUAUAUGUACUUCCAACUUACAUAUACAUUUACCUUAAAUAAUUUUAUAAACUUCAAAGCCAAAUCUCCUUAACACGGAUGUGUACGUAUUAUAUAGUAUUUUGAUUUAAGAAAAUAACCAGGAAAUGAGGCACUCAUAAAACAAUGAUUUCAACUGUAUGGAUUUCCUUAUAUAUAAUACUUAUUUGGUUAGUUUGUUUAUUACCACGACAUUAACAUGUUCAAGUAAGCUUUGCAUUUUAAACGUAACUAAAAUUUACUAAGAGACUGACACAGUUUUGUUAGUAAGUAUCACGUUAUGUAGGCAUUCAAUCGACUCACGUGUCUAUAUGCAGUUUUGGAUUGACAUGCUAUGUAAAUAUUGUUUUGCUAAAAUUAAUAACGUGUAGUUGACUGUAAAAUGUGAUAUGCCAUUUACAAAAUAAACUCUGUAACAUUUAA